UCAGUCGCCGGGCUCACAGUCUCUGCACGCACUACGAGUCGCUCGCGCUUUGCUCUGGAUAUUAUACAGCACCCACCCGCUCGGAUGUGCAAUAUGACUUUUGAAGAAACCAGUGGCGAUAAUUCAUCAGAAAGGAUGGAGUCGGUGGCUGAAGCCCUGGAGGAGGUCCUGAGCUCCGCGGUGCCUCAGGGUUGCACCACAGUCGGCGUCUACGAGGCUGCAAAGUCCCUGAAUGCGGACCCAGACAAUGUGGUUUUGUGUCUGCUGGCCACGGACGAUGAGGAGGACGUGGCUCUGCAGAUUCAUUUCACCUUGAUCCAGGCUUUCUGCUGCGAGAAUGACAUCAACAUCCUGCGGGUGAGCAACAUGCAGCGUCUGGCAGAGAUACUGGGAGGAGGAAAAGCUGGAGGGGAGCCCAUGGACCUGCAUUGUGUCCUAGUUACCAACCCCCAGUCGUCGCUGUUGAAGGACCCGGCGCUGAGCAAAGUGACCAGAUUCUGCAGAGAAAGCCGCUGUCUGGAUCAGUGGGUGCCCGUCAUCAACCUGCCCGACCGAUGAAACUGCUUGGAUUAUUAAUGUACUGUGUGCAAUGGGGAAAAGGCAACUGCACAAGGCCUGUGUUAGUGUCUGUGUUGGACUCCUUUUGGAAAUGCGAGAAAGACAGAAAGACGGGAGGGGCAGGGGGGGAAAAAAAGGACUCAAGGAAGCAAAACGUUACAACAAGUCAGGGUGAACUUGUGGGCCAAGGAAGAGUGACUCAGCAUUCUGGGCUGCAGGAUUUCCAACUUAUGACUGCACCCUUUUCUGCGGAGAAAGAAUCCUUUCCGGGAAACUGAAUCUUGUGAGCAGACACGCACACGUGCUGGUGAGCACAGGCGCAGGACUGGGAGUCUCAGCUGACAAGACUCCCCAAAGAUCAGACCAUGCUGGAGCGGACCGGUCGCUCAUGAAAAUUUGACCAAAUCCAAGCAUUUCUUAAAAAGCACAUUUAUUUAAUUAUAUUUAAGACGGGUCACUUUGAUAUAUCAAAAGGGAAAGUUUUUUCACAGUUAACUAUUAUUAUUUUAAGGGCAACGCAAUGUUUAGACUUGUCCACUAACUUAUGUUGUUGUGAAUCAUUCAUUUAAUGAAUUAUAUUUAUUGUUCAUGGAAUUCUGCCUUGUUACGUUGAAUGAAAUAAACAACAGUUCACAGGGUG